CGCUGGAUCCAGCCCAAGUCAUCCUUUCCCCUUCACAAUGCAAGUGAGCACGCGCAAAUAUUCCGGCGACGCCCGCGACUUGAAGCCCGACACGGAGGCAGUGUACGGCCACCCGCUCAUGUGCGCCAGUCUGCCGGCGGACGUGUUCCCGAAGCAUUCGGUGCCCGCACGCGUGGCGCACCAGCUCAUCAAGGAUGAAUUGGCGCUCGACGGCAACCCCAAGAUGAACCUCGCGUCCUUCGUGACCACGUACAUGGAGCCUGAGGCCGAGGACCUCAUGGUUGAGGGUCUGCGCAAGAACUACAUCGAUCUGGAUCAGUAUCCGCAGACGGCCGAGAUCCACAACCGCUGCGUGACCAUGUUGGCCAAUCUAUACCACGCGCCGCUGGAACCCGGCCAAAAGGCAACAGGCACGGGCUGCAUCGGCUCCUCGGAGGCUAUCAUGCUGGCUGGUUUGGCCUUGAAGCGCAAGUGGAAGGACCGCCGUAUCGCCGCUGGCUUGCCUUACGACAAGCCGAACAUGGUCUUCGGCUCUAAUGUGCAGGUGUGCUGGCACAAGAUGUGCAAGUACUUCGAGAUCGAGAUCCGCGAGGCCGACGUGUCCCCGGACUGCCUUGUGCUUACAGCCGAUCGCGCUAAAGCCUUGCUUGACGAGAACACCAUCGGUGUUAGUGCCAUUCUGGGCAGCACAUUCAACGGCGAGUACGAAGACGUUAAGGCCAUCCACGACAUGCUGGUAGAAGAGAACGAGCGCAACGGAUGGAACAUCCCACUGCACGUGGACGCGGCCAGCGGCGGCUUUAUCGCCCCGUUCCUCUGCCCCGAGCUCAAGGGGGAUUUCCGUCUGCCCAACGUCAAGAGUAUCAACUUAAGGGCCACAACCGAGUCCUUGGCCAUCAUGCGUGUGGUCGUGAAGCAGAAUUUCUCGUCGCACAUGGCCAAUAUGUUGGUGCAGGACAUCAUGAAGGCCAUUGAAGUACUGGAGAAACACCACGUGCUGGUGGACACGGCCAUGUCGUCGCCCAAGGCCGAGAAGAAGCACUUCAAGGACAUUGUCCACUCGCUGCAGGCCAACCUCAAACACCAGAAGUCGGGCCUCACAACGCACGGUGUGUGCUAGCUCUUUCUAGCACAGUAUGCGCGGCCAGGUGAUAAGCCGACAAGUUAUCGCGCAUUUUAGUUGUAGAGGUUACAUAAAGUGAAUGAACGACGCGCAGUUUACUUAAGAAAAAAAAACAUUCAUAACGUGCAA